CAGUUUAGCAUUGAACUCGGCCAAGAGUUCGCAAAAACUUAUUCCAACGCCAAUAUUUGCUGAGCACAACACGAGUGCGCGACCGUGCCGCGUAAGGCUGAUACGUAAUAUCGUCAAUAAAACGCUGUGGCUAUUGAUGUGUUAAAUAAAUUUGAGAAUUCAAUUGCAACUUUUCGAUUAUAAAAAAAAAUAUAUAUAUUUGAAAUUUUUUUACCAUUUUGUGAUUUUUAACGAACAUUUGCAGUAAAAAACGGUCGCGCAGCGCGUUCAGCCAAAAACACACACAAACAUACAUAAACGCGUCUAUAAUAAAUUGCCAAGUUCGUCGCUAAAGUCUUUUGUACUGCACGCCGCGUCUACAUAAAUCAAGUGUGUGCUGCAGCCGAGUGAUUCCACUGCACUUAUUUUGUGAACAAAUCAACUAAGUUGCUGUUAGGUGGCACAAAAUAAAGUGGCGCAUAGCAACCGAUAACCAAAAAGAAUCAAGAAAGAAAUAAAAUGUUCACGACGCAACAGUGUUUGGUCCUUGUGGCCGUACUCUGCAGCAGUCUGCUGCUCACCUCGGCGGCCAGCUCCAAUUUUCCCGCUGAUAUACCGCGCUGCCGCGUCGCCGACACAGACUGCAUAACGCGCACUUCAACGAAUUUGGUGCGCCAGUAUGCACGCACCGGCUACCCACCGGCGGCUUUUCCAAUCAUUGAACCCUUCAUUGUGAAGCGCUUCGACAUUUCAGAUGGCCGUACCGGCUCGCUGAAUUUGAAAUUGAAUUUCCGUGAUGUGAAUGUUGAGGGAUUGUCUGCCGUUAAGAUUGAUCGUGCUGUUGGUUUCGAUCGCGAUCCAGCCACGAGCAAAUUUGAAAUGUACGGUUCAUUCCCAAAAAUCGUGCUGAGCGGUAAAUAUGUCGCCGAUGGACGUAUUCUAAUUUUGCCCAUUAAAGGUGACGGUGAUGCCAACAUUGUGCUGCACAAUCCCAAAUUCUCUGUAAAAUUCAAGCCCGCACUUCAUCCCAGGGAUGGCAAAACCUACUUGAGCGUGGACAAACUGAAAGUGUUGGUGGAACCAGAGAGAAUGAGCAUCAAGUUGACCAAUUUGUUUAACGGUGAUCCCGCACUCGGCAGCAAUCUGAAUGAGUUCUUGAAUCAAAACUGGAAUGAGGUCUGGACUGAGCUCCAACCCUCCAUACAUGUGGCCAUUGCUGAGGUGGUGAAGAGUAUAUUGCAGACACUCUUCAAGCGCUUCGCCUAUGAAGAAAUUUAUGCGGACUAAAGGAAGAGAACUCUAUCUACAUUGAUUAUGUAUGUACGUGUAUAUGUAAAUGGGUCUAAAGGAACUCUCAUGCUAUAUUUCACAAGCAGUUUUAUUCUAAAUCGGGUAUUUUAAUUUAUUUUCAUAUUAAGUGGUUGUCGAAAUUGAGCGUUUUUUAUGUAUGUUGUGUUAUUGGAAAUAGCAAAAUUUUUAUCGUGUUGUCAGCCUAUGGAAAAUUUUGUUUGUGUGUUGUUGUAUUUGAUAAGAAUUUCUAAUUGUAAAAUAAAUUUUAACAAAGUAUCAUGUGAUUUUGGCUUAAAAUUAUGUAAAAUUCGUAAAAAUUUUAUACCAACAAUAAAUUGAUAAGUAACUAAUCAAAUGGGUCAAAACAAAAUUGAGAUUUGUUGUUAGUUGUUGAAAUUAUAUAUUUACAUAUAUGCCAGCAAAGCUUGCAGUAAGAGCAACCGAAAAUGGUAAUAAAUUUUAUGAAUUUAAA